GUGAGGGAGAGGGGAAAUCAGUGCAAGAGGCUGGAAAGGAAAAAGAGAGCAGAUUGAGAAAAAACAAGACGAGAAAGCAGAGGAGAGUAAAGAAGAGAAGAUGGAAACUGAUGAAAAGCCUGAGAAGAGUGAAGAGAAGGAGGGAGAAUCCAAGGAGACAAAAGAAGAGCCAUCAGGGGAGGCAACUAAACAGGAGCCCAUGGAGACAGGAGGCAACUGAGGACAAGAAAACAGCUGAGGGAGAAAAUAAAGAAGAGGUGAAGGAAGAGAAGGAUGAUUCCAGUAAAGAUGAAGUGAAAGAAGAAAAAGAUGAAAAGCCAGAGGUGAAGGCCGAGAAUCCAGACAGUGAUGCCAAGUCGGACACUAAGUCAGAAUCUGGUAAACCAGACAGUGACAAGGCUGAAGACGGGACGAAGAAAGAGGAAGUAAAUCAAAAGUUUAUGUUCAACAUUGCCGACGGAGGUUUUACCGAGCUUCAUACACUCUGGCAGAAUGAACAGAGAGCUCUUGUUAAGGGCAGAGAACAUGAAGUCUGGCACCGUCGUCAUGACUACUGGCUUCUGGCAGGACUUGUCACUCACGGGUAUGGUCGCUGGCAGGAUAUGCAGAACGACACCCGUUUCCAUGUUAUCAACGAGCCUUUCCUCUCAGAGCAGGGAAAAGGAAACUUCCUCGAGAUUAAGAACAAAUUUUUGGCAAGGAGAUUCAAGCUCCUAGAACAAGGUCUGGUCAUAGAAGAGCAGUUGAGACGGGCUGCCUACCUGAACCUUACACAGGACCCCACUCACCCUGCCAUGGCUCUGAAUACGAGGUUUGCCGAGCUGGAAUGCCUUGCAGAAUCUCAUCAGCAUCUGUCCAAGGAGUCCUUGGCUGGCAAUAAGCCUGCAAAUGCAGUAUUGCAUAAAGUACUGAAUCAACUAGAAGAGUUGCUAUCGGACAUGAAGCAAGAUGUUAGCCGGUUACCAGCCACACUGGCGAGGGUCCCUCCUGUAACACAGAGACUACAGAUGUCAGAGAGGUCUAUUCUGGGCAGACUGGUCAACCCUGGUCAGGCUCCUGUCACUGCCGCCCCAGCAGCACCCAGCCCCUCCACAUCAGCUGGAGGCAAGUCAGGUACCGGUACUCCUAAUGUAGCUGGGCACCGGUCAGCAGCAGGCACCCCAGUUUCGCUGGAAACUGGCUUCCAAAUUGCACCCAAUUUGGCCCCACCCCAUGGACUAUAUGGGCCAAUCUCUGGGCCAGGGGGUGAUGUACCCGCUUUCUGGAGCUCAGAAGUUGCCCGCUCCCUUGGGCUUGACCUCCAUGGGCUUCCACCCAUGUCAACGCAUCAUUGAAUCGUUGAACAGCGCCCGCAAUACCACUGUCACCUUUUUGGUGAGUGGUCAAUAAAGAAGUUUAAGGCUUAUGGAGUAUAGAUCCCACUAUUGGAGGAUGCACGAAGGAGGCAAUUUGUAUAGAGUAGAGCCAGGGAAAAGAAAUAACUCUAUAGACUAUAACUAUAGCUGUGCUGGGAAUGAUGUGUAUGGAAAAUAGACUUACAAGAAUGUUGUCUCUAGAACAUUAAAAUGUUGGACCAAUCUAGGAUGAAUACUGUCCCUGGACCAAUAAUGCUAUAAGUCCAAGUCUUUUGAGAAUGAGACAAAACAUAUUUUCAUACCCACACUUAUGUUACAACGGUUGCUAUGACAGCUGAGCCACUUCUUAUGGAACAUUGUUGGUUUUAUGUUGAAAUAUAGAUAUAUAGCUUCAAUUUUGAUAAUAAGUAAUUCACUUUAUAUACUUAUAAACAUAAACGCUGACCUACAAAUAAUAAUAUUAUUAUUUAAUAUAAGUUAAAAGAUUUUCUUCCACUGUGAUUGUGAAAAUUUUAUUAUUUUAUAAACAAGAGAAUAAAGAGAAUAAUUGUAGGCAUGCAAGUAAUAUUAUUUGGAUGAGUUGGCUUUUUGUUUUUAAAAAUGAACGUGUCAUUGUUGUGAUAGGAAGUGUGGUUUAAGUCAUGUACGUUAUUGCUGUACCAAAAUAAUCAUAAUAAGUAUCAUUUGUUCCAUAUUGCAUUGUAGAAAUGUCUUUCCAUUGGUUAAUAAUCGCCCUUAGUGGUGAAAUCGUUUAUAAAUUGCUCAUCAUUAAAUUUCUUUCAUCAAAUCAACAUGUAUUUAUAUCAGCCAUCGAAAAACAUAAUGUUCACUAUUCCAGCAUAUUGUUCAAAUUGCAUGUGUUCCAGGAACAAAAUCAUGGUUUUAUAUUAUGUUACUGUUAAAUUAAGGUCUAUUCACAAUACCUUAAAGGUAAAAUGAAUGUUAUUUCAUUAACUAUAACAAUUUCAAGCGCUUGUUUGUUUUUCAUUGACAUCAUUAUAUAUGCAUGAUUAUUGAAUCCGUUGAUCUUUUUGGCAACGUUUUUGUUGUUUUGUAAUAAUAAACUAGUGAAAAUGG